AUGUGUGAGGGACCUUCAUUGAUAUCGGGGCCAAUCCCUCCUGAUCCUUCUCUGUUUCCUCAGUACUACAGACGGCCAUCAUCAGCUCGUGGCCGUUUAGAGGGAAACCAUGAUGGGACCUUGGCCCUGCUCUCGGGGCCACUUGCUCCAGACCCUGUGUUGUAUCCGGGUUGCUACAGUGCUCGUACACCUGCACAGCAGCCCCGCAUCGGACCUAAUGCCGCCCAUAUUCUGGAGCGAGGACGUAAAGGUGUUGUUGGGGAACUGCUCAAACUAGACGGUGUUGCUAUCACCCCUGUUCCCAGACAGAAACAGCGAGUUCAUGACUUUGGUAAAGAAAAUGUGCGUCGGCUGCGGGAGAUCCAGAAACGCUGCAAAGAGCAGGAGGCUGAGCGAGCACAGUCCCGUUCUGUUCCUGUUAAAGCUCUUUGGACCGCCUCAAAAUACCAGGACGUCCCAUCCAGGGUGAUGGCCCAGCUGCAGGUUUCCAGUCCAGCUGUUAAGCCACACUGUCAAAACUUUCUGAAGUCCCACUCUAACGGCGCGUCUCCUGCUCCUUCAAGACCACAAUCCAAAGGUUCUUCUGUAGCUUUACAACGUUCGACCUCCUGGAACUCUACGCAGGACCAAGACUUGAAGUUACAGGUGCAAGGUCACACCAUAGACUUCAUAAAACAUAAUGCCCGGGCUGCAGGCAGAACUGUGCCUCGUCGGUCCCAGUCCCUGACAAACCUCCGAGAGAAGCCGGUGCCCAGUGCAGUAAAGGGGCAGGUGCCUCAGUAUCUUGAGGAGAGGAAGGAGCAGUGGCGUAAAGAGGAGGAGGAGAGGAGGAGGAACGCACCUGAUCCUUCAGCCCCACCUGGUCACACCCUGAUGCCUGACAGUGAGAGACAGGAGACACUCAAGUCCCUGGAAGCGACCCACCGCUCUCUGGUGACCGAGCUGCUCUCGCUCCCUCUCAAAGCGGACACUCUGAGUAUUCGCUCGCGUCGGGCUCGUCUCGAUUGUAGGCUCUCUGAAAUCGAGGAGGCCAUAAAAAUAUUCUCCAGGGACAAAGUUUACAUAAAAAUAGAUUCCUAACACAUGGGAAGGAAGCUGGGGAGGAGAAAGAAGGAAGAGAGAUGACCUUGUAAAUCCACUGCUUUUGCUAUUGAGAUUAAUGUUCUUGUUGUAGUUGCAUUAUGUAAAACAACCCUGAACCAUGCGAAAAAAAGAUGACUAUUUUCAUGUUACGAAAGGAUUUUGCAAAGUAAAAAAUCUAUAUUGUAAACGUAGUGAUUUUUUUAACAUAAGGUAAACUGUUGAGGUUACUGAAUGCAUUUGCGUAAACAACGAUAUACAUGAUUAAUAUGCAGUUGUCUUGUGGAAGAAAGAAAGAGACAGAUGUUGUGAGUAAAACAGUCAAAACCAUAAGUGUAAUU